AUGCUGCAGCAGGAACUCCAGUGCUCAGACCCACCCAGGCCCUACUCCACCACUCCAUUGCACCACUGCCGCUCUCCUUCCCUUGGCCUUGCACUGACACCUAUGAAGACCAGCAGUGCAGACCCUCAGAGUUCACUGGUCUCCCAGCUGGUGACUUGGGGUGGGAGGGUCAGAGGUCUGCUGCUCUUUUAUGCCGACCCUGCCCACCCCCACCCCAUUGUCCUGCUGACCCAGAUUCUUGCUCACAUUGGCUUCCUGAUGGAGGAGUCUGGGGACAUUUUCAGCCCACGGGUGCUGAAGGGCAGGCCUCUAGGGGAGAUGGUACAGUGGGUGGACAUCCUGGCUGCUCUCUAUAUCCUGGGCCACAGCCUGCGGGUCACUGUCUCCCUGAAGGAGCUGCAGAGCUGGGUUGGGGUGCCGCUAGGCCGGGGGAACUGCCCACUCUCCAUGCCCCUGCCUUUCGACCUCAUCUACACUGACUACCACGGCCCGCAGACGAAGCAGCACCUGGGACUCUCCUUCAAGAAGUACAGGUGCUGAAUCCAGGUCAUCAACACCUUUGGAACCGAGUCUGUGUACAACCACGAGGAAUAUGCCAUGCUGCACAGCUGCCGCAUCAACUGGGGCUACUGGAACCUCAACCCCAAGCAGUUCAUGACCAUGUUCUGUGAGUGCUGGGGUGGGGGGUGGAGCUCGAGGACCAGAGAGGAGAGGGACCACACAGCUGGCCGGAGGCCACCGGAGGCGGGGCGUCUGCCGUACUGGCACUGCUGGGGACCUGGGAUGAGGCUCCGCCUCCUCUCCCUUCUCCUCCAGGGGAAGGAGAAGUUCCUGGGCAUCCUGAACAAGUACAUGAAGAUCCACGGCACCGUGUACUAUGAGAGCCAGAGGUUUCCCGAGGUCCCCGCCUUCGUGAAGAACCACAGCCUCUUGCUGCAGCCUGUGUUCCAGCAGCUGCUGUGCAAGGCCAAACUCUUCACAGGCUUUGGCUUCCCCCACGAGGGCCUGGCCCCCCUGGAGGCCAUCGCCCAUGGCUGCGUCUUCCUGCAGUCCUGCUUCAGCCCGCCCCGCAGCUCCCUCAACCACGAGUUCUUCCCAGGCAAGCCCACCUCCAGGGAGGUGAGUGUUCUCCAGCACCCCUACGCAGAGAACUUAAUUGGCAAGCCCCACGUGUGGACUGUGGACUACAACUCGGAGGAGUCUGAAGCUGCCAUCAAGGCCAUCAUGGAGACCCAGGUGGAGCCCUACCUGCCCUACGAGUACACCUGGGGGCAGCUGGAGCGGACCCACGCCUACAUUCAGCACCAGGACUUCUGUGCAGCUCCCAGUUCAGCCCCCCCAGGGACCAGUGCCUCGCAGAGCCCCUUCAUCCUGGUGCCCAAAACCACCCACCUGGAGUGGGCCCAGAAAGUCAGCAUGGUCCCUGGGGCCUGGUCCCUGCCACACUCGCUGUGGGCCUGGCUGGUUGCCACCAGGAGGGCCUGUAUAGACACCUGCCUGCACCAUGGGCUGGUCUGUGAGCCCUCCUUCUUCCCCUUCCUCAACAGCCAGGAGGCCUUUCUCCAGCUGCAGCUACCUUGUGACGUCACCAAGAGGGAGAUGCACCACCUGUACCCGGCGCUGGCCCAGCCCGGCCAGGAGUGCUACCUCCAGAAGCAGAAGGAGUCCCUGCUCUCCAGCUGUGCUGGCUCUAGCACCAAGUACCAGCGGCUCUGCCCCUGUCGUGACUUCCUCAAGGGCCAGGUGGCCCUGUAUCAGGGCUGCCUGUGA